UACCCGCUACUUUGCAUUUCAUUUCCCUGAUUCAUUCACUCCUUCUCUCGCCGCCGCCGCCACCGCCGACUGCAAUGGCGCUCGCCGCCCGAACGACUGGCCGACUAAAAUUCCCGAGCAGAAACAACAUCAGACUAUUAUCCUCGUCCUCUCCCGUAGUUGAUCCGGAAAUCGACUUGGUCGGCGUCGAGGAUGGCGAUGGGAGAGCUCCGGUCGCCGCCGCUCCUCCGCUUACGCCGGAGGAAAUGACUGUAGCCAAUAGAUUCUAUUACGCAAUCAUACACCACCAUCGCAGCAACCCUAACCUCCUCUUAAACUACAAAACCUCGCCGAGCCUCGACGUCGCCUUCCCGCCGCUCUCAAUCGAGUUCUCCAAAAUCGCCGCCGUCCACUCUCCUCCGUCCCCCGCCAUGGCUGAAUUUGUAGUGAAGAAGUGCGAAGCUCCUCGCCACGGCAUACCCUUCCCCCAAACCCUAGCCUUCUUCAAUUGGGCGAAAUCGUCUCUGGAACCUUCCGAAACCCUAGACCUCUUCAAUUCGAUGAUCGAUCUCUCCGGAAAGGUACGCCACUUCAACGUAGCUUGGCAGUUAAUCGAUUCGAUGAAAUCUCAGAACAUUCCAAUUUCCUUGGAAACAUUUUCGAUUCUAAUCCGUCGAUACAUCCGCGCCGGAAUGGUUGCGGAAGCUGUGCACACUUUUAACAGAAUGCAGGAUUACGGUUGCGAACCUGAUAUGAAAUCAUUCUCUAUAGUGAUCGGAAUGCUGUCGAGAAAACGAAGAGCAGCAGAAGCACAAGCAUUUUUCGAUAACCUGAAACACAAAUUCGAGAUCGAUGUUGUCGUCUACACAAGCUUGAUCCAUGGCUGGUGCCGCGCCGGCGAUAUCGGCAAGGCCGAAAAGGUGUUCCGGGAGAUGAAAAUGGCCGGAAUUCAGCCAACGGUAUACACCUACACAAUCGUGAUUGACGCAUUGUGUCGUUGCGGGCAGAUCGCGCGAUCCCACGACGUGUUCGCCGAGAUGCUCGAAGUGGGAUGCUCGCCGAACACGGUUACAUUCAACAAUUUGAUGCGCGUCCACGCGAAAGCCGGGAGGACCGACAAAGUGCUGCAAGUGUACAACCAGAUGAAGCGACUAUCAGUCGAGCCAGACGCGAUCACAUACAAUUUCUUGAUCGCCGUUCACUGCAAGGACGGGAAUCGCGACGAGGCGAUCAAGGUGAUCAACACGAUGGCCAAGAAAGGGUGCGCCCCGAAUCCAUCGACGUUCAAUCCGAUUUUCCGGCUGAUCGCUGGUGACAAGGAUGUGAACGCGGCGCACCAUUUGUUCGUGAAGAUGAACGAAAUGAAAUGCAGGGGAAAUACUGUUACAUACAAUAUUUUGAUGCAGAUGUUCGUGGAGACGAAGUCGAACGAUAUGGCGAUCAAGUUGUGGAAGGAGAUGGAUGAGAUUGGAGUCGAGGCGAAUGCCAACAGCUUCAAGAUUUUGAUAUUGAUGUUUUGUUCGAUCGGGCAUUGGAACAAUGCUUACAAAUAUUUCCGGCAGAUGGUCGAGGAGAGGUGUUUGAGGCCGAGCCCGGCGCUUUACGAGAUGGUAAUGCGGGAGCUGAGGAAAUCGGGGCAGCUGAAGAAGCACGACGAGAUAAAUCGGAUGAUGGUGGAUCGAGGCUUCGCCGGAAAACCACUCGGCGAACGGAAUACGGUGGCGCCGCCGCCGGAAUUGGAAUCGGAAUCGACGAUAAAAAUAGGUACAAGUUCGGAGAAGGUAACUCUUGGAAGUUAGAAUUGUUGUGUGUUUUUGGUAAGUUAGAAUUUGGUAUGGAAUAUGCAAUGGUUUGGAGGUUAGUUUAAUUCAAAAUAUUAUUAUUAUUAAUUAAUUUUACAAAUUCUAUUUUCACAUCGAAACAAUGAUCAUAAAGGGUCAAUAAAUUUGAAUUUAUUUAAAAAUGAAAUAUAUUCUAUGUUGAAAUGGUGUGGGAGAAAU